GGUGGCGGGCUGGUGGCCUCUGCCGGCUGGCGGGACAGUGGUGGCUCAGCCUCUGGGUCCAGAGACCAGCUUCCUCCUUUCCGGUCGGUGCCUGCCCCCGAUGCCUGCCAGACUUUUGCCUGUCCCAGGGCCCCCGCCUGACCAGCCUCCCACCCCAGACUGAUUGGGGAGUCGGGGGCUGAACUGUCUGCGGGGGUUGGGGGGGACCCCGGUACCAAUGCACUGCCGGGUCUUCCGGGGCCUGGCGGGAGCCCUCUUUACCCUCCUGUGUGUGGGGCUCCUGUCUCUACGCUACCAUCCAAGCUUGUCGCUGCGGACGGCGCAGGGCACGCCCAGGCUGAACCAGCCGAACCCAGGGCCCCUGGAGCUGCAGCUGGGCGACAUCUUCAUCGCAGUCAAGACUACCCGGGCCUUCCACCGCUCCCGCCUGGACCUGCUGCUUGACACGUGGGUCUCCAGGACCAGGCAACAGACGUUCGUCUUCACUGACAGCCCAGAUGAGAGCCUCCAGGAGAGACUAGGCGCCCACCUUGUGGUCACCAACUGUUCUGCAGAGCACAGCCAUCCUGCUCUGUCCUGCAAGAUGGCUGCAGAGUUUGAUGCUUUCUUGGCCAGUGGGCUCAGGUGGUUCUGCCAUGUGGAUGAUGACAACUACUUGAACCCCAGGGCGCUGCUACAGCUGCUGAAAACCUUCCCGAGGGACCGUGAUGUCUACUUGGGCAAGCCCAGCCUGAACCGGCCCAUUCACGCCUCUGAGCUGCUGUCAAAGAACCACACGAGGCUGGUGCGGUUCUGGUUUGCCACAGGGGGUGCUGGCUUCUGCAUCAACCGCCAGCUGGCUUUGAAGAUGGUGCCGUGGGCCAGUGGCUCCCACUUCGUGGACACCUCAGCUCGCAUCCGGCUCCCUGACGACUGCACCGUGGGCUACAUCAUCGAGUGCAAGCUGGGGGUCCGCCUGCAGCCCAGUCCCCUUUUCCACUCACACUUGGAGACCCUGCAGCUGCUGGGGCCCGCCCAGCUUCUGGAGCAGGUCACCCUCAGCUAUGGUGUAUUUGAGGGGAAACUGAACAUCAUCAAGCUACAGGGCCCCUUCUCCCAUGAAGAGGACCCCUCCAGGUUUCGUUCCCUCCAUUGCCUCCUGUACCCGGACACACCCUGGUGUCCGGUGCUGAUGGCGCCGUGAGCUCUGGCCUGCCGCAGAGGUUGAUGGAUGCUUCUGUCUGACCAUUCCCCGACCUCCUAAGCAGUCCGGAGGAUGCCUGGUCCAGUGCCCGCUGGCAGGGCCUCUAGGUGACAGGAAAGGCCAGGAACUGGACAGUGGUUGGUGUUGAAAGUGUUUCAGGCUCAGGGAUGUUUGAGUUGGUGUCGGGGGAGAGGACCAGGGCCCUCACCCUCCUGAGAGUGGCAUAUGCCUGACUGAGGUCUGGCCUCUGGCUCUGGCCUUAGUCUGUGACCUGCGGCUGUGGGACUGGUCUCGGCUGCCCCUGGCCCUCCUCACCUGGCCAACGGACCUAGACUUUGGAAACUCAGCAGGCACGAGAUGGGUGAUGGUGGAUCCCUGCCCGUUGUGACCAACCUUUGGUUCGCUGUCCCAGCCUUCUUUGCUGUGAGGGGCUACCAGAGGGCCCGGCAGGAACUGAACAAGGCCAAUAGGAGGCUUCUGGAGUAAGUUUCACAGCCCAAGAUCCUGUCUUUCGACUGUGAAUGCACGUGUGACGGCUGGAUCUGGGGAGCUGCUUUGUCACCACGAAAGAAAGGCCAAGACAAUCAUCUACAGCUGUUCUCUCUCGCACCUGAUCUCUAAGAAAUUAAACCUUUAUUUAAGUCUA